AUGAUGGAAUUACCGGAAAGCAGUUCAUGGAAAGAAAAUGAUGGUGGAUUUAUUACCAAUGAUAUCAAUGAUUCAGUGUUAUCAACUACGACACUUGUCAAUCGUAUCUCCACUGAUUGUACACCACCACGGAAACGUCCAAAACGUUUAUCAGUUAAUUAUGUGGAACGAGACAUCCAGGAUUCAUUCAUUCCUUUUGGGUCUAUUGAAUCAUCCAUCAUUAAUGUUCGUGUUAUUUCGCUUUCUGAUAAUAAUAAUGAUGAGAUUCGUGAAUUGGAUUGCAUUUGUGAAGAUACAUCUAAAAGUUACCGCUUGAAAUUAGAAGGAAUUUGGUCGUCUACUCCAAUCAAGAUUGGAUCUUCUCUACGUGUUAUUGGUGCUAAAAUGACAGAAAAAGAAUUAUUGUUGAACUGGGAAAAUGGUGUAUUAAUCGUGGAAAGUAAUGUACUGGUUCCAUGUACACUUAUCGCGCAAGGUAUCUCGUGUCGUCGGAAGGCAACGCUUUCGCAUUACUUCAAAGGACGAAGUAGUAUAAGGAAGGAAAUGUUGAUUGGAAGCGUGGUUCACGAACUCUUCCAGGCUGCUAUUACUCGUUCAGGUUUUGAUGUUACUGAGAACAGUUUACUUGAUUUGUGGCGAAGAGAGUUGCAUGAGCAAUAUGCUGAGCAAUUUUUUGCUUUGAACCUUUCAUUUCAAGAGGUUGAAGAUGAACUGUGUGUUUAUUUUAAAACGAUUGCUAGCUGGGUGUCAACUUAUAUGUCAUCGCCAAAAGGUCGAAAUGAAUCCUUGCAGACAGGUUCGAAAAUAAUGGAAGUGGUGGAUGUUGAGGAAUCCAUCUGGAAUUCAUGUUAUGGUUUUAAAGCCAAAAUUGAUUGCACUUUGAAGUACGAGCUUUCCAAACAUUUCGAAGAGAACUUUUAUUAUUUCAAAUUUCCGGUAGAAAAGAAGAAUGGAGAGAAAAAACUGAUCCCUAUAGAAUUGAAAACUGGCAAGUCAAAUCCAAAUACAGAGCAUAUUACACAGGUCAUGCUUUAUUGUCUUGCUCUAGCCUCAAAACAGAGAACAAUUGAAAGCGGGUUACUUCUGUAUUUGCUGGAUGAGACCUCUCGAACUGUGUCUCCCAAAACAAUCGAUCUCAAAGGAAUCCUACAAAUGCGCAAUGAAAUUGCCUCAAGCAUAAGUGAUACUUCAUUUGAUAAUCUUCCAGAACCGAUCCUCAAUACACAUAUUUGCAAAUGGUGCAAUCAUGCCUUGUCAUGUUCCUUAUUGCAAUAUUCUACAUCAACUGCCACCGAAAUCGUCCAAGAUCAGUUAAAACAUCUUAAGGAAAGUCACAUUGAUUAUUUUAAACGAUUCAUUCGUUUGAUAUUAAUGGAGUGGAGAUACAUAACAGAGAAAAAUGCAAUUGAUAAAGAAAAUAUAUGCAGGAGGAAGAAUUCAUUAUUAAGUGUAAAAGUUAUCCUUGAUUCCAUUUUCCAACGAGGGAAUAGAACUACUAUUACUUUUCAGAGAGAAGAAGCAGUAGAUGAAAAUGAAUUGUUCAUAAAAGGAGAUAUGUUGUUAGUUCUUUCUAAAGAGAGUGAAGUCAUUGCUAUGGCUUCUGUAAUUUCCGUUGAAGGAAACUUUAUCGACGUUGCUGUAAAUGGCAACAGUAGUUCAUUUGUUGUUGGAAAAAUUUAUCUCCUUGAGAGACAUGAAACUUCUUUUCAGCACACUCUUAAUCUUGGAAAUUUAGUAAUGCUAAUGGAUGAUAACAAGCAAAUGUCAAAAAUUAGAUCUCUUAUAAUUGAUAUGAGACCACCGUUAUUCUCAAAGAUGAAGAAAGGAAAUAUAAGUGACAUAUCAGGAAUUGUACGACAAUUAAAUAUUGAUCAAGCACGUGCAGUUGUGAAAUCUCUUAUGUCUGAUGAUUAUACAAUUAUUGAAGGAUUUCCUGGAUCUGGAAAAACAAGCACAUUAGCAGUGUUAAUUCGUUGUCUUAUUCAUUUGGGUCGCACAGUUCUUAUCACCUCCUACACUCAUUCAGCAAUUGACAAUCUUCUUUCGAAGCUUAUUGAAUAUGUUGAUGAAAGUAAGAUUCUACGAUUAGGACAACAAAUUUCCGUAAACAAAAGUAUGCGACAUUUGACUUUAGAAGCAAAGUUGUCUAAACCGAGCAAAAUGGACAGAAUUUCAUUAAUGCAACAUAUCUUAAUGGAAACGCCCAUUGUUGCAUGUACUUGUUUGGGUGUAUCAACUAAUUUGCUAUUUUCGUAUCGUCGUUUUUCAAUAACAGUUGUUGAUGAAGCAUCUUUGGUACUGGAACCUGUUAUUAUUCCUGCAAUUGCUGCUUCGGAUUCUUUUGUACUUGUUGGUGAUCAUCGACAGCUUGCUCCACUUGUUUGUUCCAAGCAAGCUAGGCAAGAAGGUUUGGCAAAAUCACUGUUGGAACGAUUAACCAUUCAUCAUUCAGCUAUAAUCACAUUACAUUCACAGUAUCGGAUGAACAGACCGAUUGCGGAACUUAGCAGCGUUCUGUUUUAUGAUGGCAAACUUUGCUGUGCGAAUAAUAUUAUAGCUGAAGCAGUUCUUAACAACUUGACCUAUGAUCCCAUCAAUGACAGUACUUACUCUGAGGCAUAUAAGCUUUGUGUUUCGAAUUUACUAAAUAAUGCUAUCGUAUUUGUGGAUACGCAAUCAUACAAGAAUCCAGCAUUUUGUGCAACUUUUCGUAACUUUGGCGAUGUUGUUAAUAGUGGAGAAGCGGAAUUUAUUGCAGGCCUUUGCAGAUUAUUUGUUAAACAAGGUUUAUCAGAAAGUGAUCUUGGUGUCAUCAGUAUUUAUCGUUAUCAUGUUGAACAAUUACGCCGAAUAGUUCAAGCAGGAAUUGAAGUGAAUACUGUUGAUCAGUAUCAAGGUAGAGAUAAGUCGAUUAUUAUAUUAAGUUUUGUAUGGACCGGUGAAGCAGAAAAUCGAAAAAGUGAGUUACUUGCUGAUUGCCGGCGAAUUAAUGUGGCUAUCACAAGAGCUAAGCAUAAGUUAAUAAUGGUUGGAUGUCAGAAAUCGUUGUCAAGGUAA